GUCUGACAUCCUUCCUUUGACGACAUCCAUCGACGACGACACACCGACACUCGUCAUGAGGGAGCCGUCUCCCGACGUCGAUAUGCCCCACGUCUACGGGGCGCUGCACCUCCUCAAGCGCAAGACUGGCGAGGUCGCGUCCCACAUUGCCCUCGACACCACCCGCGUCACCCUCGGCCGCGAGAGGGAAUGUGACAUCCGCCUGUACUUCGAGGACGUAUCCAAGAUGCACGCAGAGAUUCUCUUCGACGAAGAGUCGGGCAUUGCCAACCUCAUUGUGCACGGCAACAAUGGGCUCAUAUAUACCCCCGCCGGGGGGGCCGGCAAGCAGUACUUCCCCCCUUCGGUGCUCGCGCUGGGCGACGGCGAUACCCUUCAGAUCAGGAAGAAGCUCUUCCGCUUUUCGUACGGCGACACUCUCGCCUCCUCUUACCACUCGCCGGCUAGGACGCCUGCGCGUGACAGUCGGCGACUGAGCCACCGCCUCAGCAUUGUUCCCCAGGGCAAGCGCUUCGCACCUUCCCCCGCCAAGAGCCGCUUUGCCACCCCCGCCCGUAAGGGCUCCCAAGUUGACUCUGUUGAGGAGGAAGAGGACGAGCCACUCGUCUUCGACGAGCUUGUGGGCCUCGCCGAGGGUGAUGAGGGUGACAAGAUCUACCUGGAGAAGCGCGAUGACAAGCCCAAGAAUCCCUUUAUGACCCCGCAGCCUAAGGGUCGGGCACCGCUGCGUAAUACAAGCGCGGUACCACGCACACGGACUAUCACUUUCGCGCUGCCUACCCAGCCCCCAUUUGAGCGCAACAUGGACGAGGACGAGAACGAGUACGUCUCCGAGGACGAGAUGGCGGUUUUGGAGGAAGACCCGUACGGCGGAGUGGACGAGGGCGUCGAUGACGACGUUCCCGCCCCCGCGACUCCUACCCCCGCGCCUAUCCCCCUUCCCGAAGUAUCACCUAUGGGCGGUCCACGACGCCCCGUGGUGACCCCUCGCGCGGCCUACGCAACUCCUCGGGGACCUGGCUCCGACUCUCUUCGCCGCGCAUUACUUAUACGCUCCGCUCGCAAGCGGUUAGAGGCGGAGACCGUCGAGAGUGAAAUCGUCUCGGGCCAUGUGGAGAUGCGGCGGCGGCGCUCUUCUGGCCGCACGCUCUCACCGCCCAAACCAGACUCGGACUCAAGCGAGGCGAGUGAGGACGAGGACAAGGAGAACACGCCCGGGCUUCAGUGGGUGUAUGAGGACGGGCAGGGAGUUGUGGACGACUCGGACUCGGACCGCGAGAGUCUGGACACGGAGUAUUCUAUUCCCGGAGCACGUAUCCUCGACUUCCACACCUCGCCCGACCCAGGGUCGCCCAGCGAAAGCGAGGAGGAGGAAGUGACGGAGGAAAGCGGAGAAGAGUAUGAGGAGAACUAUGCCGACGAGCGGGAUCAGCCCAACGAAGAGCAGUUCCCUCUCGAAGAGGGCGACAUCUGCCACGAAGGCGACAACUCUCACGAAGGCGACGUCUCGCACGAGGACAACGAAGAAAUGGGCGAUAUUUCGAGCGACAUAGAUGACGAAGUGGACCACUCACUCGUCUGUCCGCCAGAGGACGUCGAGCGCUCGCCCUCUCCCGUCGCAGCGCGUUUCUACACCCCGCAGCCCAAGCGCACAAUGUACGCAGGCGCGCGGUUGUCGCUUGCUGGAAUCGGGGCGGCUCCAGUCCGGUUUGCGGAGCAGCCCAGCUCCGUGAGCGAGCACCUGCCCACGGGCAUGCGCAUCCCUCCGACGCCUAACCGGUUAGGCAAGCCUGAACGCGUGUAUACGCCGGGGCGCGCGAUCAAGGCAGAAGAACAGCCUGAGGAGAAAGAGGAGCAGGCGCCAACCACUCCUCCUCCAGCCACACCCCCGUCUAAGACUCCGGCAAGGGGCGGCCUUACCCCUGCGCAGCGCGCCGCCCUCGCCACUCCUCUGCAUCUGCCCGCCGCGCCAUCCGAGAGCUUCCGCGACUCGGUCCCGCGCCCGAUUGAAACGCCCCGCCGCUCGACGUUCCUCGAGGCCCUGCGGAGCGCGAAAAAGAGCACAGUCUCCUUUGACGCCAAUACCUCGACUCCCGCGCGUUCAAGCUCGACAUCGAAGCAGUUCGGGAGCAUGCGCAAGCGCAUGCCCACGCCCCGCGUCGACCGUAUUGAGGAGGUCGACAGCCUUCCCCCAACACCGACGGCAGUGGAGGAUGUAGCGCGCGUCCUGUACCCCCUUUCCCCAUCAGAGUCUCCGUCCCCACCCCUCCAGCCUGCCCCCGCCAACUCCACACCAGACCGCAACAACCGCCGCCGCUCACUGUCCUCUAUGGCUGGCAUACGCGACCUACUCUCGCGCAAGUCGCCCAAGCCCACCACACUGGGCCUGGAUGACCUCAUAGAGCCCAAGGCGCCGUCGCCUAAGACGCCGAGCUUCGCGGGCAUGCGCGAGAUGUUCCGAGCGCCCCACCCCUCGCCUGCGCUGGGCGGCAUGCGCGAGCUGUUUGCCGAGAAGGCCGUGCCCCCUACACCGCACAUGGCACUGGGUGACGUGUUCCCGGAGCCUGAAGAGAAGAACUCUCAUGAGGAGAGCCAGGGAAGCGCGAGCGAGAGCGGGGAGGAAUCAGAGCCUACACCUAAGCCGCAAACUCGCUCGCGCGUGCCCACGCGCUCCAUCCCCGCCCGCACGACGCGCGCUGCCUCGAAACCCCAGGACGAGCCGAAGGAGCGUGAGGUCGAGAAGCACGCUCCCAAGACCCGUCGCCGUGUCAAGGUUGAGGAAACUGCGGCAGCGUCACCGGAGCCUGUCUCUGCCCCUGCGCGCAGCACUCGCCGCCAGGCCGCACCCCCCAAGCGCUCCGCCUCUCCACCUGAGACCCACUCUGCACCCACGCGCCGAGUGACCCGCUCGCAGACGGCUGAGCCGGAGGAGGAGGCGCAGUCCGCGCCCACGCGCCGGCUGGAGCCGAAGCCCGUCACGCGCCGCUCGCGCCGUGUGCUGGGCGACGCUGAGCCGGAGCAGGAGCCCGCUGUCAAGGCGGCCCCCAAGGCCGCACCGAAGAAGAAGGCGGCCGCGCCGCGCAAGGCGGCUGCUCCCAAGACUGAGAAGACGACGUCGACAACGAAGGGCGUCGCCGACAAGGAGAACAGCGCGACGCCCGAUCCCGAGCCCAAGCGCAAGACGGCACUGCCCGUGCGUGUGACGCGUAGCCGUAAGGCUUAGUAAGUAGUAUUAGUAUGAAGCACUCUGUAUCUGUACUGGAGCCUGAGCGACUGGAGAGUUUGAUGCAUCCAUUCGUACACUAGCGGG